AUGCAAGACUCCCUGGAUGUCGCGAAACUGCAACAAACGCAGUGCAAUCUCCCUCACGAAUCCGAUACCGGCAAAAUUCUUGCCAUUCUAAUCACCGUCUAUGUCACGGCUGUCAUUGCGAUUGUCUUGCGGCUUCUUGCCAAAAACAUGGCAAAGACGUGGAGUCUCGACGAUGCGUUAAUUAUUGCGGCGAUUGUAAUUGCGAUUGCCCCUGUAUCUGCAAUUCUGUUGAAUUCUGCGACUCCGUACGUAUAUCCCAUUCAUACUCAAGCCAUCUUCCCUAAUCCUUUUGCAGUGUACGCCGCCGAGAUUGUGUACGUCUUUGUGCUCUUAUUCGCAAAGCUAUCCCUCGUCGUCUUCUAUCUACGAAUCUUCACCGUACCGAAGUUCCGCAUCGCUGCAUACACCCUGAUCGGGUUCCUUAUCGUCGGCCAGGUGGUUAUCGGCUUUCUUACAAUUUUCUCGUGUCACCCGAUCGAGUUAUUCUGGAACAAGGACAUUCACACAGGCGCCUGCCUCGACGUCAACCAACGCCUUCAAAUGAAUCGGAACAAGAAGGUUUCGGUUGCCAUGGUAUUUCUUCUCGGAUCUGUCGGCUUCGUUUCGACCAUUAUCCGUCUUCAGGUUCUCGCAGUGUUUGGAAACUCCAUCGACCCGACGUGGGACUAUGCGCCCGUUGUGUGGUGGACGACAAUCGAACUAGGUGUCGUCGUGGUGUGCGCCUGUGCGCCCAUGAUCCGCAACUUGGUCGAGAAGAAGUUCCCCGGCUUUGCGCUCUUCGCGAGGUGGACCACCCCGAAGCCAUCCAAGGGCAGCAGUCCGUCCUCGAACGCCAGCGUGGACAAGCCGGCGAAGGCUGCUGGGCGAUAUCAGAAGUUCGGGCGCAGUAACAGCCCGCCUCAAUUUAGUGACAAUUACGUUCGCGAUUACAUCACUAGUCCCAAAGGCCCUCCAGUACCCCCCAAGGACGAUCUGCCGCCAUCUCGUAGGUACCGGGACAUGUACGCCUACGGUGGAUCCAAGCCGAAGGUGCUUGAGCCCUCGUCGCCAUCCCCUCAGCCGUACGACCUCUCGUGGAGGUCCAUGAACCCUUACGGAAUUCCAAAAGAUGACCUGGAAUCAGGUAUUGGAAAGACGAACUAUAACCUUGAUAUUGAGAUGCUGGAAAGGAAAGGGAGAGAUGUGGUAGUGGCACAAAAGGAGCUUUGCUCUCUCUGCGGGAGGGAAAGCUGCACCCUGUCACUGGUCGCCUCGGUCGUGGGACAUGGCGAUGGUGAUCUUCAACGUUACAUGGCCUUGGAAACCUGCCCGCCGCUGAAGAUUGUCAACGGGGUCAACUUCACCACGCGGGCGUACUGGAUGCGCCAGGCCAACCUGGCCCUACCCAACCCAUGCCCGUUCGCGGCCUUUGGCUCAGUGAUUGUUAACCACACUACGGGCGGCUUGGGGGAGCUGGUCUGCACCGGCGCGAACAACAAUGCUGGCACAGGCAACCCGACCCUGCAUGGGGAGAUGGCGGCCAUCGACAACUGCUCGGCAAUCUUUGUAGAUCCCCAGGGUCCAUACCGGAUGACGCCGGCCCAGGCCCUGGCCGCCUUUGCCAACCUGACCAUCUACACCAACGCCGAGAGCUGCCCCAUGUGCGCGUCGGCGGUGCGCUGGGCAGGCUUCAGGGAAUACGUCUUUGGCACGAGCAUCGAGACCCUCACGGAGGAGGGAUGGGGCCAGAUCCAAAUCACGUCCAGGGACGUCUUCCGGCAGUCCUCAGGCUUACCCCGCCGAACAAGGUUGCUUGGUCCGGUCUUGACGAACGAGACGGACCCUUCUUUAGUUGGCAGUUUAAUGCGGGCGCCCUUGCCCGCAGGGCUGUUCUCGGGGCGGAAGUGCAGGCGGUUGCGUUCCUGCAUGAUGGGGCCGCUCGAGGUGUACUCGGAUUGGGUUGAACAAGGUUGCGGUUCUGCUCUCGGACCCUCCAACUGA